UCUCCUCUCCUCUCAGAUCCUCUCAUCCAGGAGCGAUGCGGAGACAAUAGGACUGGAACUAAAGAAGCCUGCGAAAGGGCUAGCGGUCCGCUGAACAAGGAGCAUUUACCGCUAGACCAGGUGUCAAUAGCACAAUAAGGAGAAUUUGAAUGCCGACGGCGAAGAUACAUUUGUACAUCAAACCGUAAAGCUAUGCGCUACUGUCAUCCUCACGAUUUGUUAUUUUUUUAUCUGGCUUGACUUGGCUGACUUCAGAGCCCUUGUAUGUUGGACGGAUUGAAUGUUACACAAGCCGUUAGCCACCACUCCUGUCCUGCCCGUGAGUCCGUCCCCUAAACCUGUCCCCCUGUUCUUGUCUGUCCCCUAACCCGGUCCCCAGCAUGAGUUCAUCUCCGCUGGGUUCCCGUGGCAACAUGGACAUUCUGGAGGAGCUGCAGCUGAUCGCAGCACAGAACCUGGAGAGGUUAGAGGUCAACAAGUACUAUGAGGUCAUCAGGGAGCUUGGCAAGGGCACUUACGGCAAGGUGGACCUGGUCAUACACAAGAUCAGAGGCACCAAGAUGGCCCUGAAGUUCCUGAGGAAGAAGACGACCAAGUUGAAGUCGUUCCUGAGGGAGUACAGCAUCUCUCUCUACCUUUCUCCCUGUCCCUUUAUCAUUAACAUGUUUGGGAUCGCCUUCGAGACUGACGACUACUACGUGUUCGCCCAGGAGUAUGCCCUGUCUGGGGACCUCUUCGACAUCAUCCCUCCACAGGUGGGUCUCCCGGAGACGGUUGCUAAGCGCUGUGUGCACCAGGUUGCCAUCGCCCUGGACUACCUUCACUGUAAGAAGCUGGUGCACCGUGACGUCAAGCCUGAGAACAUCCUCAUCUUUGACCGCGAGUGCCGCAAGGUCAAACUGUCCGACUUCGGCAUGACGCGCCGCGCUGGCUCACCAGUCAAACGGGUGAGCGGUACCAUCCCCUACACGGCUCCGGAGCUGUGCGACACGUCUCGCCAUGAGGGCUUCUGCGUGGACUACAGCACAGAUGUGUGGGCCUUUGGCGUCCUCCUCUUCUGCAUGCUGACCGGUAACUUCCCCUGGGAGAAGGCCCUGCCCACCGACUCCUUCUACCAGGAGUUCACACGCUGGCAGAGACGGCGCACGGGCACCGUGCCCUCGCAGUGGCGUCGCUUCACUGAGCAGGCUCUCCGCAUGUUCCGCAGGCUCCUCUCUGUGGAGCAGGACAGACGCUGCUCCGUCAAAGAGGUGUUUGGCUACUUCAGCCACAGCUGGAUGCUGGAUGGAGACAGCAACGGGAACGGAGGAGGGGGCGGAGAGAGAGAGAGGGAGAGAGGAGGAGGAGGGGUGAGGGUGGAGGGAGACGGGAGCAGUACAUCGUCCUCGUCUGGAGAAGAGGAUGAGGAGAUGCUGGUGGAGAGGAUGAAGCAGCAGACUCUGUCUCCUCUCUCUCCUCCGGUGUCUGUGGAGAGGGGCACUGGGGGGACAAAGGCAGGGAUGACGGAGUCAGGUGGAGGACACCAUUUUGUGUCUGUUUCUACCACUAGCUCUGUGCCCUCGACUAACAGCUAUGACCGCAUGCCCAGAGACAGCAACAGCAACCAGCCCCCCGGACGCAUACUGGUGGCUACGCCUAUAGAGAUCUGUGUCUGAGAUGUGUGACGGGCCUUGGAAGGACUGAGAUACUGUGUACAGUACACAGACGUGCACACAGACACCUACACUCAUAUACACACACAUAUCCACACAUUUAAAUCAGUGGAGGCUGCUGAGGGGAGGACAACUCAUAAUAAUGUUUGGAAUGGAGUAAAUGGAAUGAUAUCAAAAACAUGGUUUUCAUGGGUUUGAUACCGUUCCACCCACUCCAUUCCAGACAUUAUUAUGAGCCAUUCUCUCCUCAGCAUCCUCCAAAAUGUUUUUGAGAACGGGGUCAAAAGGAAGGAGAAUUAAUUAAAGAAUUAAUUAAUUAACAUUUUGCAAAGUGAAAAGGGAUCAACUCAAGAAAUUACUGAUGAUUCCCGUUGGGGUCUAAAAUGAUCCAGUCAGAGAUCCAGAGAUCAGUCAUACUGCAGACACAACGAAUCUUUAUAGAGACUGCAAAGACUCAAUGAACUACAUACUGAACGAUCAGCCAGCCAGCCAACCAACCAACCAACCAACCAACCAACCAACCGACAGACAGACAUGACAUGGAGAGGUUAAAAAACACAUUGUGAUAUGAAAUGCUGGUAUUCAGAUGAAGACCAUAAUGUAUUUCUUAAAGCAAUAUAUUUUCCCCUAAAAAAAGACUGAAACCGAGGGCUGAAUUGAGAGGGGGAAAAAAAGACUACAGAAGUGACAUGCAGGAACCAUUUAUGGCAAAAAUAGAUGGAGAGAGAUGUUCUUUUGGUUGAAGCUGAUAGAAUUGCCACCUCAAUGAAAGAAUAUCAUCAAAAUGAACAGCAGUUUUAUGUUUACUGUAAUGCAAUGUAAACUCUGGUACAGUCUGUAUGUGUGUGUAGGUGUGUGUGUGUGUACAGUACGUGUGUAGGUGUGUGUGUGUGUAAGCGUGUACGGUAUAUCACUAUGUUUCAUGUGUAUGGAUCAGAAAUAUGAUUAGGUGGAUUUUUAUUUGCCUUUGGAGUUACCUUAUUUCUUUAAAUGUUAAAUAUCCAGAUUACAUUUUUUUUCUAUUGAUUUUGAAAAUUAGCUUUCGGUGUUUUCUGUUUGACUAAUUUCAUUAAAAGUUUCUGGACGCUCUAGUGCAGCGGUGUCAAACUCAUUCCACGGAAGGCCGAGUGUCUGCAGGUUUUUGUUUUUUCCUUUCAAUGAAGUCCUAGACAACCAGGUGAGGAGAGUUCCUUGCUAAUUAGUGACCUUAAUUCAUCAAUCAAGUACAAGGGAGGACCCACAGACACUCGGCCAUCCGUGAAAUGAGUUUGACACGUGUUCUAGUGCCAAAUUUCUACUUGGUCUCCUGCAACACUUUUUGAACAGGAAAAUGAAUACUGCUUCAACAGCUGGAUCUGGUAAAAUCACUGAGUUUAAUAGUAGUAUUCUCUCUUCAGUUUAUCAUUUAGAUUUAGUCCGAUGAUGUGCUACACAUUAAUAUCGAAUCAUUCAAAGCCACCAGAUUGAGAAGAGUAAGGCAUUCAUUUAGAUACAUUUUACAGAGAACUAUAUUCUGCCGUUGACAGCAGGCCAAGGUGUUCCAGAGCCUCCUGUCUGGAAACAGACAGAUAGCUGUUAAUGAUGUCCAACACUUUAUCACUGACCCCUUAACACAGGGUUUCCAAAACUCGGUCCUGGAGCCCCCACUGGGUGCACAUUUUGGCUUUUGCCCUAGCACUCCAGGAUCGAGUUUGGGAAACCCUGCCUUAACAGACACGUAUCUACUUCAUGGCAGAAAAAUAUAUUUUUACAUAUUUUUGUCCAUUUAUUUGAUUGUUGUUUUGUUUUACAUUUCUAAAUGUUGACGAAUGGUGUAUUGUUUGGAGUUUUGAUUAUUAUUUCAAAUUUUAAAUUCAAGCAGAAAAAUACAGUGAAGAUGACAUUUUUUUUUAAAUUGCAUGACAAGUAACUAAAACAUAUCUUCAUGGAAAAUUUGAACUGGCUUUACAAAAAGUUACGUCAAGAUUGUUGUGAUGUGGAAUAUUGCUGUAGCACAAUUUCUUGCGCUAUAUCCCGAAGUCAAUAUCGUCGUGACCUCUCGAGAUGUCUUAGGGCUAGAAACCAGACAACUAUAAUAACGGCUAGUUUUGGUUCAAUGUGUUGUGUUUGUAGGCUGUCGAUGCUGCGUUUCCAUUUCACCAAUCAGAUUUAGGAUCCAGAGCUACUGAUCUACUGUAUGUAAUGUAUCUGUAGUAUCUGUAUCUACAGUAUGUAAUGUAUCUGUAUCAACAGUAUGUAAUGUAUCUGCAGUAUCUGUAUCUACAGUAUGUAAUGCAUCUGCAGUAUCUGUAUCUACAGUAUGUAAUGCAUCUGCAGUAUCUGUAUCUACAGUAUCUGUAUCAACAGUAUGUAAUGCAUCUGUAUCGACAGUAUCUGUAUCUGCAGUAUGUAAUGCAUCUGCAGUAUCUGUAUCUACAGUAUCUGUAUCAACAGUAUGUAAUGCAUCUGUAUCGACAGUAUCUGUAUCUACAGUAUGUAAUGCAUCUGUAUCUGCAGUAUGUAAUGUAUCUGUAUCGACAGUAUCUGUAUCUGCAGUAUGUAAUGUAUCUGUAGUAUCUGUAUCAACAGUAUGUAAUGAAUCUGUAUCUGCAGUAUCUGUAUCAACAGUAUGUAAUGCAUCUGUAUCAACAGUAUGCAAUGUAUCUGUAUCGACAGUAUGUAAUACAUUACAUGCUGUCGAUACAGAUACUGUCGAUACAGAUGCAUUACAUACUGCAGAUACAUUACAUACUGUAGAUACAGAUACUGCAGAUACAGAUACAUACUGUAGAUACAGAUGCUGUAGAUACAGAUACAUUACAUACUGUAGAUAGAUACUGCAGAUACAGAUGCAUUACAUACUGUUGAUACAGAUACUGUCGAUACAGAUACAUUACAUACUGUAGAUACAGAUGCAUUACAUACUGUAGAUACAGAUGCAUCUGGAAUCCUAUGGAGACUUUCUGGAAUAGAUAGUUCACAAACUAAUGCAUUUUUGAUCAAGUGUGUCAGUAGCUCCUAAAGUCCCAAGUCUUAAGAAGUUGCAAGGGAAAUCUGGGGAGGAUUGUUUUAGUAUCACUUCUUUGCCAAGCAAAACGUCACAAGAAAGUGUGAUGAAUUAGUCAUUAUAAAGUCAGAAAAAAAUAUGAGAAAAAAAAUGAAACAAAAACCUGUUGUGUGUUGCAAUUUCCAGACAUAUUUGCAUGAAUCUGUAUGUGCUGGAAAACAAUUGUGGAAAACCUAUUUUCUGUUUUGCUGUCACAGCUGUAGUAUUCUGUUGUUCACACUUGGGUGUAUGAAUCUUGAAUAACAGUCAGUAAAGUUACUUUCCUCUUUCAUCUGGCAACUUCCAACAAUGAACUGUUCAGUACGGGUUGUAGCCAGUUGUGGUAUAGUUGAAUUCAACCAUGCUCCAGGCAGAGGUUACCAUUUAAAUCCUCACCUUAUCCAUCCAAGGGUGAAAAAUCAAAAACCCCAACUAACCUUAGAUCAGUGUCUGGGGGGGAUUACAUCUUGUGACAACCUAUGACCUUGUGUCCACCAACCCUGGUCCUGAGGACCCACUGGGUGUGCAGGCUUUUGUUCUAGCCCAGCACUAAACACACUUGAUUAGUUUAAUCAUCAAGAGCGAAGGCUGGAACCACUGCUGUAGGUAAUAUACACGUGUUGGACACGGAGGUUUGAGCGAAGCUAUCAUGUUGUAAUGUGUUGGAAGUUGUUCAUUAGAGGCCUUUUGUUUUUCUGUCCAGUGACAUAUUUUGACACGGCAUUAUGAUUUUUGUGGAGUUUUAGUGAGUAGGGGAACACAGCUCUAGAACUUGUGUCCGAUUCUGUCUUUGCAAUACAACGGUCUUCCCUGUAAGCUCCGAUUAGUCGACAAUAAAAUUAGAAAUCUUGUUGGAA